CUUCCCCCGGCCGCCGCAGAGAAGAGCAGCGGAGAGAGAGAGAGAGAGAGAGAGAGGGAGAGAUCAUGGUGGCGCCGAACGUGAAGGCGGAGACGAUGAGGCUGAUGGACCGGCGGUCGGCGCUGGAGGCGGAGAUGGACGCCAUCAUCGCUGCCCUCUCCGCGCCGGGCGGGGCAGGCAUCACGGGCUCCCUCGUCGACGCCGAGGGUUUCCCCAGGGCGGACAUCGACAUCCCCGCCGCCCUUGCCCAGCGCCGCAAGCUCGGUGAGCUGAGGAAUGACCACAAGGAUGUUACAAACAAAAUUGAGAAGAAUCUGGAAGUUUUACACUCUACAAAAUUAACAAGAAAUGAGCAAUCAAUCCCGAGAAGUUCUGGUAUAUCAGCUCCAUCGCAUGGUGGAUUGUCCCGAAAUGAUCCCAUGGAAGAGGAUCUGGUUACCAGACUUCCUUUUGCCAUGAUUGAUGACAUUGCAGAUGGUUCUCCUGCUGCUUUGGAUGGCUUGCUGCUUGGGGAUGAGAUAGUGAAGUUUGGGAGUGUAGAGACUGGGGGCAGAUUGCAAGAAAGGCUUGUUUCUGAAGCCCUUUCCAAUGAGGAUAAUCAAGUAUCUCUACUCAUCAUUCGUCAGGGAUCACCAAUGAACUUGACAAUUACGCCAAGAAAGUGGCAUGGAAGAGGACUCAUGGGGUGUCAUUUCCGAAUCUUAUGAAGGCCGGUCUAUAUUCAAUUGAAGAAUGGUGUGCUUUCGCGUCUGCACUUGUGCAGACAGCUCUUGCCACUCUAUGUUUCAGUCAAAUCUAAGUAAACUGAUUACCUGAACGCAUGUUACUUAUUUACCUGUAGCUGUGGUUAAAGUACAAUGCCAGUUGUGGAACCUGUAGGUGCCUUGUUUGCAAGCCUUAUUUGGUACAUUACUUUCUCGCGUUUUCAUGAUGUAAACCCCCCAAAAAAGAAAUAUGUCUUGUCACAUUUUGUAAUGACGAUGUAGAGAAUCUGAAGUCAAAAAGAAGUUGGAUC